AUGAAAGGCUACACGAUAACACUGAGUGAAAACAUUGGUCCACUGCUUGGUUUUGAGAAGGACAAGGUCAUCCCAGCCUCUGACACUGUUGUGAUUCACACUGGUAGUGAGACCUUUGACACACUCCUGGGUAUCAAACACUUGGUGAGAUCGUCAACGUUCGGACAGUCCGUCGACAGCAACGGGCAUAAGAGCGACAUUGUCGCCGUUUUGUCGUUGUCACUGUCGUUCUCGAGAACCGGUACCGGCACUAUGCCUUAUUCGGGAUGUGACUCGAGAAUUCGCAUACACACUGGUACUUACAACUGA